AUGAUAAUCUUAAACUUGUUCAAGCUCGUUCAGGAGUACUUGAACACAUCUGAGCGCUUCAGGAAACACACAGACCGCAUCACAUCACACCGCAUCGCUUCACACCGCAUCACAUCACACCGCACCGCUUUACACCACACCACACCGCAUCGCAUUGCACCGCAUCGCAUCGCUUCACACCGCAUCACAUCACACCGCUUGCAUUGCUUCACACCGCAUCGCUUCACACCGCACCACACCGCAUUACAUCGGACUGCAUCGCACCGCUUUACACCACACCACACCGCAUCGCAUCGCAUCGCACCGCAUCUCGUCGCACUGCACCGCAUCGCAUCGCACCGCAUCGCACCGCAUCGCACCGCAUCCCAUCGCUUCACACCGCUUGCAUUGCUUCACACCGCAUCGCUUGACACCGCACCACACCGCAUUACAUCGGACUGCAUCGCACCGCUUUACACCACACCACACCGCAUCGCAUCGCACUACAUCGCAUCGCACCGCAUCUCGUCGCACUGCACCGCAUCGCACCGCAUCGCUUCACACCGCAUCACAUCACACCGCUUGCAUUGCUUCACACCGCAUCGCUUGACACCGCACCACACCGCAUUACAUCGGACUGCAUCGCACCGCUUUACACCACACCACACCGCAUCGCACCGCACCGCACCGCAACGCAUCGCACCGCAUCUCGUCGCACUGCACCGCAUCGCACCGCAUCGCACCGUAUCGCACCGCAUCGCACCACACCGCAUCGCACUGCACCGCAUCGCACUGCAUCGCACUGCACCGCAUCGCACUGCAUCGCGUCGCACCUGA